ACCAAAACUCCCACCCACUUUCUAUACUACUUAUCCGCUCAACAACCAUAUCUCCACCUUAGACUGCUAGCGAGCGAAUCAGAGAACAAUUGUAGAGUGAGAGAGAGGGGGAUUUCGGCAUCUCCAAUGGCUUGCACAGCUGCUUCAACCACUCUUCUUUCUUCUUCAAACCCUAGGGCUUACAUUUCCCCCAAAUCUUCCCUUUCCAAGCCCUUCUCUCAAUCCCCAUCCACCCCCAAUUCUUUCAAUGGUUUCCGAAAACCCUUCCAAUCUCUAGUCUCUCGUUCUAUCGCCUCCCCCACAUCUCACUCUAGACGGAGCUUCGUUGUCAGAGCUAGUGAACUUCCACUGGUUGGAAAUUCAGCCCCAGAUUUUGAGGCAGAGGCUGUUUUUGAUCAGGAGUUCAUCAAGGUCAAACUCUCUGAGUAUAUUGGGAAGAAAUAUGUGAUUCUUUUUUUCUACCCUCUGGACUUCACAUUUGUUUGUCCCACCGAGAUCACUGCUUUCAGUGACCGUUAUGCGGAUUUUGAGAAGGUAAACACGGAAGUACUGGGGGUUUCUGUAGACAGUGUGUUCUCCCACCUUGCAUGGGUCCAGACUGAUAGAAAGUCUGGGGGGCUUGGUGAUCUCAAGUAUCCAUUGGUUUCUGAUGUGACCAAAUCAAUUUCAAAGUCAUAUGGUGUGCUGAUCCCAGAUCAGGGAAUUGCAUUGAGAGGUCUUUUCAUUAUUGACAAGGAAGGAAUUAUUCAACACUCCACUAUUAACAAUCUUGCAAUUGGCCGAAGUGUUGAUGAGACAAUGAGAACGCUCCAGGCAUUGCAAUAUGUGCAAGAGAACCCAGAUGAGGUAUGUCCGGCUGGAUGGAAGCCCGGUGAGAAGUCCAUGAAGCCGGAUCCUAAGCUCAGCAAGGAAUAUUUUUCGGCAAUAUGAGAUGAAUAGUACUGAAAUCCUGGUAGCACCUCUGUUGGUUAUAUAGAGAGUUUCUACAGAGUUUUGUUUUCAUCUACAUGUUGUUUUUCCAAGUCAUUUUGCUCACUUUGGAGCAGUUGUUUCUGGGAAUGAACGAGUUGAACCAGAUAUGCCCCGUCUCUUAGAAUUCAUUGAUGUAGCAAACUCAAGUUUCUGUGUUCUUCCCUCAAGCCUUGGAUCGUAUAUUCAACUUCUUCAAAACUGAGUUACAACUUUCAUUUUGAUAAA